CGUGAGGCCCGGACUCCUCGAGAGGAAUAACACUUUCUGUCAAGAGGAUUUAAAUCAGAAUCAGGAUGUUGUGGUUAUGAUGCUGCCAACCCAAUCUUGAAAAUGUACGAGGUGAUGUCCAGUGACACCCUGUCCUGGAAGGUGGCCAGUCCAAGACAAAGUGGCACCGAGUCCAGCCCCGAAUCACAGUUCGCUGGCGACGGAGGGCCCGUCAAGAUCCUCAAGGUGUGCUUCUGCACCAACAACAACCUGGGCAAGAACUUCAAGCUGGUCAAAUGUGAUAGCUCCUGGCAGAUUAGGGCCAUCAUUCGUUCGAUCCUGGUGAGCGGUCGACUGGGGCCGAACAUCAAACAUACGGGAUCCUACGGUCUCCUGCUGAAACACUUGAAGUCUGAAGAACUUCACUGGCUGCAUCCGGAUCUGACUGUCGGAGAGGUAGAACAACGCUACGAGAGCCAUCAUGUGGAAGCUGAGUGGAGGUACGACCUACGUAUCAGAUACGUUCCUGUCAAUUUCCUGGAAAAAUUCACAGAUGACAGAUCUACAUUGCUGUAUUUUUACCAACAGGUGCGUAGUGAUUACAUGCAGUAUCAUGCCAGUAAAGUCAGCGAUGGGAUGGCACUGCAGCUCGGUUGCUUGGAGAUCAGGAGGUUCUAUAAAGACAUGAAUGCAAAAGGUCUAGAAAAGAAGUCUAACUUUGAGCUGCUAGAAAAAGAAGUGGGCCUGGACCUGUUCUUUCCUCAACAACUGAUCAACAGCAUGAAGUCGAAGCAGCUACGGAAGCUGAUUCAGCAGACGUUUCAACAGUACGCCACACUCAAGGAGGACGACUGCAUGGUCAGGUUUUUUGAGACCCUCAAAGAUUUCGUCAACUUCGAUGAAGAGGUCUUCCCCUGUGAACUAGUGCAAGGUUGGAGCCUGUCAGUGGAGUUGGUCAUCGGCGGGCGAGGCAUUCGCCAACGCACACAUAAGAAUUCAGCGGCUGUGUUUCUUGCCGACUUCAAACAGAUCAAGAAAGUACAAUGCUUAUCUCAGAGCGACGGCAAGGCUCUCCUAAACCUCGAGAUAGAGGGGGCCAGACAACGUCUAUCGAUCAACGUGGUCACAGUCCCUAUGGCGGAAAACAUGAUGGACCUUAUUGAUGGAUACUGCCGCUUGGAAAACAAAACAGAUGAUACUGUUAUCUACCGACCAAAUAAAGAUGCUAAUCCACGAAGUUCCCUCCCUGAGAUUCCCACAGGCAGAGACACCAGCUCGGUCAGACACAGUAUGGGGUCAGAUAUCUACUGUGAGAUUCUUGAUGAAAGGCCGAAAUCAGUGAAGUACGGUAUUGACCGAAAUGACAUCGUUCUUGGCCGGAUUCUCGGUGAGGGGUUUUUUGGGGAAGUCUAUGAUGGAUUUUACAAAAAACCUGAUGGAGACAGGAUCAAUGUGGCAGUGAAAACCUGCAAAGACUGCUCACCCGAUGUGAUGGAGAAGUUCAUGAGUGAAGCAGUGAUCAUGAAGAACCUGGACCAUCCUCACAUCGUCAAACUGAUUGGGAUCAUAGAGGAGGAUCCUGUGUGGAUUGUCAUGGAGCUCUAUCAGCACGGAGAGCUUGGAAACUACUUGACUCAGAACAAGAACAAUCUGACAAAUACAACUCUGGUGCUGUUCAGCCUGCAGAUCUGCAAAGCCCUGGUCUACCUGGAAGGGGUCAACCUGGUACACAGAGACAUCGCAGUUAGGAACGUGCUAGUUGCCAGUCCAGACAGUGUGAAGCUCGGAGACUUUGGUCUGUCGAGGUACAUCGAGGAUGAGGAAUACUACAAAGCAUCUGUUACUCGGUUGCCCAUCAAGUGGAUGGCCCCGGAAUCCAUCAACUUCAGACGUUUCACAACGUCCAGUGAUGUGUGGAUGUUCGCUGUAUGUAUGUGGGAGAUACUGAGUCGUGGGCAGCAGCCGUUUUUCUGGCUGGAGAACAGAGACGUAAUCAACCAACUGGAGCAGGGCAUCAGGCUUCCCAAACCAGACGACUGCCCUCCUGCUCUCUACUCACUCAUGACCCGCUGCUGGUCCUACGACCCCAGAGAGAGACCCACUUUCACUGAGCUGGUGGUCAAGAUCAGUGACGUCCAUAAGAUGGAGAAGGAGCAGGAGGUGGAGAGAGAGAGGGACCGAGCACGCUCCACAAAAUAUUUUGAUCCCAAGUUAAACUUCAACGAGCCUCCUCCCAAGCCUUCAAGAAUGAAACCAGGGCGGUUUGGGAACACGCUCAGUAUUGGUCUACACAUUCAGCUGAAUGAAGCUUUGUGUGCCAGCUCCCCUGAUCUGGCCAGCCCCUGUGAAUAUCAGUCCCCCGUUGACUCCAUGAACACUCUUGCACUGCCAGUCAGGUCCCCACGACGUCGCAGCAUGGGGGAGAACGAGUUUCCCCGAGUGGAGCCAAACAGCAAGGAGGACGCCCAGCGCCUGUGGCAGAGGGAGAAACGGAAUAUGCAGGACACUCUCCGUCAGCAGAAGGCGCAGAUGAUGGAGGAUAAUAAGUGGCUGCAGAAAAAGGAGAAACUCCUGGUGGGAAACAGAGCAUCAUUAACUUUUGUCAAACCCUUCUCUGUGUCUCUGUGUGCCCUCGCCCCCGAAAUCAACGUGGCCCUGGAGGCUACGCUGAGCGAGGCAUCAUUAAACAAUACCGACCCACCCGUUCGCUCCAGACGCCCCGCUAGUCUUAAAUUGAAUGUUCCUCUGAUCACAGUUCCAAAGAGAGGGUCCACGUCCAUAUUCUAUAAAAUGAACCUGCCUGUUCUCUUGCAGGACCCCAUGGGACCAGAGGAUCCUGCCAGCCCAGCGUCCCCUGGAGCUGACACAGAGAAUGCACCGCCAGAGAAACCCCCACGGCUCACAGCACAGCCUGCGCCCACAGCUGAACUGGACCGCUCUGAUGACAAAGUGUAUAAGUCUGUCAUGGACUUGGUCAAAGUUGUUGUUCAACUCAAGAAUGACAUCACUGAACUGCAGCCAGAUGAAUAUAUCACCAUUGUCAAGUCUGUAGGAAUGGCUUUACGAGAUCUGAUUCGCAAUGUGGAUGACAUACUGCCCACCUUACACGAGUCUGUCAGGACCGAGAUCGAGGGCACCCAGAAGCUGCUGAACAACGACAUGGCGGAGCUGAUCAGUAAAAUGCGGCUGGCGCAGCAGAACGCCAUCACCUCUUUGAAGGAGGAGUGUAAGAAACAGUUGCUGGCUGCAGCGCACACUCUGGCAAUGGACAGCAAGAACAUGUUGGAUGCUGUGGACCAAGCAAGAGUCAGGGCCAACUUAGCUAAGCCUGUGGACCCCUAGUGGAGUGUAAAGUGCUCUGGUUCUGUUUACACAUUAAGCUUAAAUCUGACCAUUUCUCAUCAGUCAGACCUAACAUUUGCACACAGUUGUUGUGAACAAAUCAUUGCCAACAGUUGCUGCCGUUGCUGAGCUGUUGCUUCUUUGGACAAUCAUCGCCCUGUAAAUGUGUGUUGGUAAAUUUAAGUAUAUAAUGGUACA